UGAGCGUUUAUAUCCACCAUUCCGGCCCUUUAUCGAAGAUUUUGCUAAUUUGGUAUAUGAAGGGCCUAGAAACUAAUAAGUGUGAUUAUUACAACAGCUGAUAAAAAAUUUAUUUUUACACAGCUGACAUCAACAUUAGCAGGCCUUAAAUCCAGACUCUUCCGGUUCUGAAGAAGUUUGUAAACACAUAUUAGAGCAAAGCAUACCAGAAAAGACCGUUUACGGUUGCAAGUGUACUUUAAAUAGUGAAAAUCCUUUGAGGGGGGGACUCAUUCUACUUGACAACUGUUGCAUAUUUUAUAACUUGCAGUCCUGUUCGAAAUCUUUAGAAUUUUCAGUUACUCUGAAAUUUUAUCUGUCCACAAAACUUUUUUUGUUUCUUUUCUUUCUGGCUUCGUAAUUAAAACUCAAGAAAACAAAAAAAAAAUUUAUCUUUUCGGCUGUUAAAGAACGUGAUAAAGUUGCCGUUCUGCUUUAGAAGUUUUGUAUCGACGUAAAAUCGAGCAAUCUGUCUGAUAAAGCUAUUUGCCACGAGAUUCAGCCAAAAUCUCCUAACAAGCUGGAAAGUAGUAAGGAAUCUUUCGUCGAUUGUGGUUGUAGUAGCCAUUUGGAAAAAAAUUUUCUCGACAAAAUAUUUCUUUGCGAACCUUGUAAAGUAUACGAAAGCAUUUUUGGAGAAGAUUCGGAUUUCUUUACGACUUUUUUGACUGAAUCAAGAAAAGCCUCCUCUGUUGAGUGCACAGUUUGGGAAACAACCGAAUCGGAAGGAAACGUAGGUACGUGGAGUUAACAAACGGUGGUAGCUAUAAACUUUUAAAUACGACGCCACGAAGAAUGUCGGUUUUUGAAGUACACUCUGCCUCUUAAAAAAAAUAUGGUGGGCCCAACCGAAGCACAGAUGGAGGAGCUGCAAACAGUUCUCAUAAAAGAGGAUAACAAAAGGUACGUUGUCACGACGAGUACCAGUGCUCUUCACAUUCCUUACGGAAACAGCUUCGAAUCCCUGUGCAAGUACUGCAUCACAGAGCACGGGCAAAACAAUUGCAGGCUCAAAAUAACCGCUUCUAUUAUCUGGAAGAAAAAAGUCAAACUACUUAAAAACUAUAUUACGAGUGUUACUUUUGAAGGCAUUCAAGAUUCUGUAAAUUUACUUGAAACACGCCUGGGCGCGGAGUAUGGAUGGCGCCCCUUGAAUUCUGUCGCAGAGGAAAGCGGGAAUAUCAGAACCAAAAAAAAGACUUCCCCACGAACACAUAAACUCUUUUUUGCGAUUCAAACUCUCUCUAAGGGCAUCGACUAUGUUGUGAAUGCGAAUCUCGAGCAACUGCUGCUUCUGCUUGCGUUACUUGCUACUUUGUCUUUGGCUAUAAGUUUCUAUACAGCCACUUAUUUAUCCUUCCGAAGUCGCUCCGACGUACUUGGAGCAGGCGGUCAGCUUCCUGUUAUAAGGGAUCGCGCAGAAGUACUGAAUGCUAAGCUCGAACAAAUUAAGGUGCUGCUCACCCAGGCCAACGCAGCCAUCUUGGACUCAAAAGCGGUCUUAACUAAAAUUAGGGAACGAUGUAAAAGUAAAGGUCUCAAUAGCUCUUGUUAAAUUUGCAACUAAUGUGAACAGUUGAAAAGUCAAAUUUUGAUCAGCAUAGCUGACUUAUAACUGUCGUUUAGUCUUCACUUAAGCAUGUG